AUGCGCGCUAUGACCUUCAGAGUCGGUUUAGUCAGUGAUCCUUCUUACGCCAAGCGUACCAAUCGCGGAGAGGAGGUCGCGAUAAAACUUGAACCAAGCACUGCUCGUCACCCGCAGUUGUUUUACGAAAGCCGAGUUUACAGAAUUCUGCAGAAUGGAGUUGGGAUCCCCAGGGUGUACUGGUUUGGUACUGACGGGCCCGAUAAUCGCUACAGAGCGAUGGUUAUGGAUCUUCUAGGCCCAAGCCUUGAGGACCUUUUUACGUUUUGCGGAAGGCGCUUCACAAUGAAGACUGUAUUAACUCUGGCGGAGCAAAUGCUUUGGCGUAUAGAUUACAUCCACAACAAGAGUCUCAUACAUCGGGACAUAAAACCUGAUAACUUUCUCAUGGGCAUAGGGCCGCACUGCAAUCGUGUCUUUCUCGUUGAUUUUGGUCUAGCAAAGAAAUACAGAGAUCACCGAUCUAGGUGUCACAUCGCAUACAGGGAAGACAAAAAUCUCACAGGUACUGCUCGGUACGCCAGUAUAAACGCUCAUGCGGGAAUCGAGCAGUCUCGACGUGACGAUAUCGAAUCUCUGGGAUAUGUGUUUAUGUAUUUCCUCCGUGGACAUUUACCUUGGCAGGGACUUAAGGCCCAUACAAAGAAGCAGAAAUACGAACGUAUAUACGAAAAGAAACUUACCACAUCACCAGAACAGCUUUGUAAAGGAUAUGCUGUAGAGUUUGAGAAGUACUUGCACUACGCCCGUUCGUUGAAGUUUGACGGUGCUCCCGAUUAUCCCUACCUCCGUGGAAUGUUCCGCCGAUUGUUUCAAAGCCUGAACUACGCGUUGGAUUAUGUUUUCGAUUGGGCGCUAUUGCGAACCAAUACUUCAAACCCUACUCCUGCCCUCGCUGGUGUGCAGGCCAACUGCGCCGAUAACGGAAAGCACAAUCAUGACGACGAGCGCAACGUAGAUCCAAAUGACUUGGAACUCAUGCGCUUACUAAUGCCAAAUGAUCCACGGAGCACCGAACAUAACUCGUUAGGCCAGCGGCAACAGGAGCAGCAGCAGCAACUCCUUCAACAACAUGCUCACACAGGGAAGAGUGGUGUGCAAGUUUCCACACUUCAUUCGCAAUUUGUCAGUCCAUCUGGUAAUCCUGUCAACCACGCUGCUGCACACCACCACCCAAACCCGAGCAGUGGGGGCGGGGGUGGAGGUGGUGCCUACGGGAUGCGUUGUGUUGCUCCCGAUUUACAUCGUUGAACCACGGCUCCAGUAAGAACGCACAAGUUUAAUACAUUCGUGUUUGUUACUGAUAUACUGGACAUACACAUACUCGUACAUAUCUCUACCACUGUCAAUGGCAGUGUGUAUAACGAGCAAACUGUUUGCUCUGUUGCUCGUUUUUUCAGUGUUCCGCGGAACUGCUAUAAGCUCCCAUCGCAAUCAUCAAGGAUGUGUGCGCAUCCAACAAACAAUAUAAGACAAUCGUCCUUUGUCUGACCGAACGAAUGACUUUCAAAAUCGAUCCGGACCCAGUAUUUUGGACUUCGAUACUUGUCACGAACUUCCUGGUUUCCCAAUUCCAGUUCAGCACAUCAGUCGGCUUUCGGCCAAACUUGUUUUUCAGGUUGUUACUCUCUCACUGUCAGGGAGGUUACACGUUGUUAUCCUCAUAAUAUGUCAAGGACUCAGCACUAGCUUCCUUGGCAGCGCACUUGUACACACACUAGAAGCGCCUGACAUUUGAUGACUCAGUCAGUUCUCUUCUCUGUCGUUUGAUUUCUACGUACCGUAACCUCAUGCUCCGACCAAUAGACCAUCACUACACACGCUUACGAAGGCA